AUGGGCAUUGGGCAACACAGCCGUGGGAGGUCCGGCGAGUGCCAGCCUGGGGCGACGUCCGCGGAGGGCAGACGAUACGAUACGCAUCGCUGGCGGUGGCGGCUUGCAGUCGGACUGGAUGUACGGCCCCACCUCGGCUGGGCGCUAAUAAACUUUUUUGCGCGCUUCGCGAUGCCGGUGGAGCGGGAUCGAUAUCGCGGUCCCCUAGACGACGCUGCUCCGCUUUCUCUUUCCUCACUUCGACGCUCCGUCCCACCCACCUACCCUAACAACCCACACCGUCCUUCGACACCACCCUCCUUUUUUCGUGUUACGAUGCCUUCGUUCGCCCAGCUCGCUGCCGUCUCCACCCUCGCGUUCGCCGCGCUUACCGGUGCCGCCCCCGUUGCCGUCCAGCAGCGCCAGCUCGCCUCCCUCCCCGACAUCCUCACCGGGCUCCUCGCUGACCUCACGCCCGUGACCGACCUCCUCAACUCCAUCACCGCCUCCAACGCGACCACCGAGGUCGUCGGCCCGCUGCUCACGCAGGUCGGGGACAUCGUGAACCCCGCCGUCGCGCAGAUCGCCGCGCUCGCGGGCCAGCCCGUGGGCACCAUCCUCGCGUCCGCCGAGGGCGUCGUCGACGCGACCGGCGUCGCCACGCUCAUCCAGCCGAUCCUCGCCACCACCACCGGCGCGCUCAACUCCGUCCUCGCCGUCGCCAACGCGGCCGGGGCCGGCGCCGCCCUUCAGCCGCUCCUCGCCGAGGCGGGCUCGCUGCUCAACCCUAUUUUGGCCACCGCCGCCCCGCUCGUGAACGGCCUCCUCGCCGCCGCCGCGCCCGUCCUCGGCCCCGUGCUCAAGCUGACGAACGACCUCGGCCUCGGCCCCGUCCUCCAGCUCGUCGAGGGCCUCCUCUGA